ACCAAAAAUUCCACUUUCUUUCUUCUUUAGUUUUUUCACUCAUUGCUUAUGCUUGAGAUGGGAAAAGCUAGGGAGCCUAACUUCCUCGUCUUAUUCUUCUUUGGUUUGAUCUUAGGGUUCGGGAUUUCGAGCGAGGGUUCCCAAAUUCGACACUACAAAUGGGAAGUCGAGUACAUGUUUUGGGCUCCUGAUUGUAAUGAAAAUAUCGUUAUGGGAAUCAACGGCCAGUUUCCUGGACCUACGAUUCGAGCCAACGCUGGCGAUUCUGUUGUUGUUGAGCUGACUAAUAAGCUCCACACUGAAGGUGUUGUUAUUCACUGGCAUGGAAUUUUGCAACGAGGAACUCCAUGGGCUGAUGGCACUGCUUCCAUCUCCCAGUGUGCUAUUAACCCAGGAGAAACGUUCUUCUACAAUUUCACUGUUGAUAACCCUGGGACGUUUUUCUAUCAUGGGCAUUUGGGAAUGCAAAGAUCGGCCGGGUUAUAUGGAUCUUUGAUAGUGGAUCCUCCACAAGGAAAAAAAGAGCCAUUCCAUUACGACGGAGAAAUCAACUUGUUACUCAGUGAUUGGUGGCAUCAAAGUAUUCAUAAACAAGAAGUUGGUCUUAGCUCCAAACCUAUCCGUUGGAUCGGUGAGCCGCAGACCAUACUCUUAAAUGGAAGAGGGCAGUUCGAUUGUUCAAUUGCAGCUAAAUACGACAGUAAUUUGGAGCCAUGUAAACUAAAAGGAAGUGAAUCGUGCGCACCUUAUAUCUUCCAUGUUAGCCCCAAGAAGACUUACAGGAUAAGAAUUGCAAGUACCACUGCUUUAGCUGCCCUCAACUUUGCCAUUGGGAAUCACCAAUUGUUGGUGGUAGAAGCCGACGGUAAUUACGUCCAACCAUUUUACACUUCCGACAUCGACAUUUAUUCCGGCGAGUCCUACUCCGUCCUCAUCACCACCGACCAAAACCCAUCGGAGAACUACUGGGUCUCCGUCGGCACCCGCGCUAGGCAUCCCAACACGCCGCCGGGACUGACCCUCCUCAACUACCUACCCAAUUCCGUCUCGAAAUUACCCACUUCUCCGCCGCCGGAAACCCCCGCCUGGGAUGACUUUGACCGGAGCAAAAACUUCACUUAUAGAAUCACCGCCGCUAUGGGCAGCCCUAAGCCGCCGGUUAAAUUCAACCGUAGGAUCUUUCUCCUCAACACUCAGAAUGUAAUCAACGGCUACGUCAAGUGGGCCAUCAACGAUGUCUCCUUAGCCCUCCCGCCGACGCCCUAUCUCGGUGCCAUGAAAUACAAUUUACUCCACGCCUUUGACCAGAAUCCGCCGCCGGAAGUGUUCCCGGAGGACUAUGACAUCGACACGCCGCCAACGAACGAGAAAACGAGGAUAGGGAAUGGAGUGUACCAAUUCAAAAUUGGGGAAGUUGUCGAUGUGAUUCUACAAAACGCUAAUAUGAUGAAGGAGAAUCUUAGCGAGACUCAUCCAUGGCAUUUGCACGGCCAUGAUUUUUGGGUUUUGGGUUACGGAGACGGGAAAUUCUCGGCGGAGGAGGAGUCGUCGUUGAACUUGAAAAACCCGCCGUUGAGGAACACGGUGGUGAUAUUUCCAUAUGGGUGGACGGCGAUCAGAUUUGUGGCUGAUAAUCCCGGGGUUUGGGCGUUUCAUUGCCAUAUUGAACCGCAUUUGCAUAUGGGGAUGGGGGUCGUGUUCGCGGAAGGGGUCGAAAAGGUCGGGAGGAUUCCGACCAAGGCGCUGGCUUGCGGUGGCACAGCUAAAUCGCUGAUAAAUAACCCUAAAAACCCCUAGAAAGAAACCCUAAAAUACCCUAAGAUGGGAUAGGGGAAAUGUUUUGGUGUUUGGAGAUAAUAAUAUUAAGAAUUCGUGUUUAAUUAGGGUUUAGGGUUUGUGGAAAUGUUUGAGUGUUCGGAGAGAAUAACAUUAAGAAUUAGGGUUUAGGGUUUAGGGUUUGUGGACGUUGUGUUGUGUUGUAUUGUUGAGUUUGCAAAUGUUUUUCUUGUAUUGUCGUAAUUUGUGUAGAGGUUUGUGAACGUAAUAAAAUGUAAUGGGGUUUUGUUA